UUCCAAUCACUCAUUUCUCUCCUGAGUCGUGAUUCCGUGCGGAAAGAAGUGUAAGGGGAAAGGCUGAAAGCGAGCAGAGCGACGAGAGAGAGAGAGAGAGAUCAGUGAAGUUCUUGUUGUCUUCUUCUCCAACGAGGUUUUACCAGAGGUUUAGUUCACGAUCUGCCGGGUAGGUGUCAACUCCGGCAACUGAAGUUCUACUGCAAUAUAUCAAAUUCAUGUCGAUAGGUCACCGAGUUAGGGUUUUGGUGUUUCGGAACACUUUAUUUUGGCCAUUUAAAGCGGGGUUUGCACUUGGGAAAUGAACCUGCGGAUGACCGCGGGAUUUAGGGUCUGGUUGAACAACGACAGAGAUUUGGUCUCCGAAUGGAGGGAGGUAACAUCGUAGACCUGCUGAAUCUGGGAUGCACCCAUGGAUUAUGAUGACAAUGAUUUCCAAAGCCAGAGUUUUCAGUUAGCUAGUGAAGAGAACACCAAAUUUCUCCCAGGAUUACGCUCAUAUGGUCUUCCCAAAUUUGACCUAGAUGACAAUCUUCAGGUCCACUUAAGGUUUGAUAAUCUGGUCGAAACAGAGGUUUUACUUGGUAUCCAAAGCCACGAAGACAACCGGUGGAUUGACGAAUUCUCACGGGAUGGUAGUGCAAUGGAGUUCAAUUCAGGUGCUGCUGAAUCGUGCUCCAUUUCAAGGCAUAACAAUGUUUGGUCUGAGGCUACUUCCUCAGAGUCGGUGGAAAUGCUAUUGAAAUCUGUUGGGCAAGAUGAGAUGAUUACUGGACAUACUAAUAAUGAGGAGUCAGGUGCCUGUGAUGGAGUGGGUACCUUAACCAGGGAAAUGGAACCUCAUUUAGAUGAUGAUAGUUCUAUGCCAUCUAUGCUGAUGAAUGAUCCGGAUGUUGGCUGUGCAUUGCCACCCAAAAAGUGUCAGGAAAGCUUCUCUGGCAUAGGCAAGCAUUCUGAUCCAAUGCUUCUUGUGGUUGAAACUACACUUCAAACAGACAAAGGUGAGAAACCUGAAACUGGUAAUUCUAGAGACUUGAGUCCGGUUAUGGUUGGUGAAAAUUGGACCCUACCAGUGGAUGAGGAAAAUCUAUUACUUGAUGGAAGAAGAUGUAAUGCGGACGCAGACAAGAGGGAAGCUGUUUAUUUGGUUGAUGGAGCUGUGGAAAAGAAAGUACAGGACAGUUCUGCUGCUUCUGAGGGUCAGCAAGUUGAUCACUCAGUGACUGUCAUGCAGAACCUUACAGGAAAUGUUGGAGAGCUGAAUGCUCAGGAACCGCAGCAGGUAACAGAAGUAUGUAAUGAGAUUAUUUCUUAUGAAUGUAAUGAUCAUAAGCAAAAUAAUAAUAUCGAACAAGUGGAUGAACUUAGGGUUCCAAGCAAAGAGCCUCUGAUGGAUGGUUGUAGCUGUGAAGAAAAUAAAGCAGAAACUAAUGCCAAUGUUGUUGAUAACCCUUCCAAGUUGGCACUAAGUGUGGAUUCUGCCAUGCCUGUUUCGGAUGGAUGCAGUGAGGGUGAAUGCUCUGAGCAGCCAAUUCAGGUCAGCGUAAGAGAAGCGGUUGUUUUUCCUGAAGAUACAGAGAUGGGUGAUAACUCCCUGGGAGAUAAACAUGGGGCAUCAAUUGUAGUGCUGAAAGGAGAGAUUAAAUCUGAAGGACAACCCGUUGAGGUCAGCAACAGCAAUGUCGUAACUCAGUUGAGCCCUGUGCUGAUGAUAGAUCCUCUACUACAGGUAUCACGAGGAGAGGGCAGUGCCCUAUGUCUUGACAAACAAGAGGGUUUGUUAACAGCUGAUGGUCACCCAUUGGAAUGUGGGAUUUCAGUUAGUAACUCAGAGACAACUUUAUUGAUAAAUGAAGACACUGAACUUUUUAAGGGCCAGUGUGACAGAAGCAGCAAUAAUCAUGUUGGAAAUCCUUCUAGUUCAUUGGUGGAGCUUUGUUCCUCAAAUAACAUAUUAAAUAAAAGCCAAGCAGCUGAGAAUAUGAAAGAUAUUCAUGAUGAUUCUAGAGUUCAUGGAGAUGAUCAUUUAUCAAAUGAUCCCCACUCGUCUUCCAUGCAGGUUGAAUCCAUGCAACCAUGUGAAAGUAGCGUAAUCAUUCAACCUAGCAUUGUUCUUGAUAGUCAGCCAAAUUUGGCUGCUAUUGAAAGUGAUAAUGUGACACCGAUAUGUGAACGUAGUUUAGUUUCUGAGCCCAAUGAUUCUAAUGUCUUUGAAAAGGAGAAUGUAAGAAUACCUACUAAUUCUGGUAAUGUGGAAAAUGAGACAAACGGUUCUCCUGUUGAUUUUAAGGGGGAUGCAUCCUCAUCUCAAGACCAAGAUGUGGUUGUUUAUGUAUCAACCUCUGAUCGAGGUGUUGGGGAUGAAUCAGCUUCGACGGGACUGGUCUCAGAAGUUACCAAAUUGGCUUCCUAUAACAAACUAGAUGGUGUUCAUGACCUGCCUUCAGGAAAUGUCAUAGAACAAAAAGAGGAUGAACCGUCGGAGGCAUGUAUUCGAGAGUUCACUCACUUGGAUAAAAAAGAAGAAACAGUGACCGAGAUGUCAAGAGAACCAAACUCAUUUGUUAUUGAUGGGUGUUCUCGGAUGACAAGUGAGCCAGUUCCUACGUCUGAACUUGAACAUUUGGCAGCUCAUGAUAGUGCUGGAGAGUUGGUUCCAGAGACACUUGGUCAAUCACCAUCUUCUGUGGAGACUGUUAGUAAAGGAUGCCAGGAUGAACCUCAAGCUGUAAUGGAUGAUAAACCCACUCAAGAAUUUUCCAAGGAAUUAGAAGGGUGUGCUUCAGUUUCUAAUGGAAGUGAUGUUGCUGAGGUGAUUGGAGUUCCUCAUGAGAAGUGUGAAGGAGCGUCCUUGAAAUUUGAUGGAACAAUGCCUAGUGAUGCUGAGAUGCUCAGGCAGACGGUGCCUCUGUCCUUGGAGGAAUCUUUGCAUGAUAUUAGCAAGGAGGAUCAGGAAGGCAAUAAAGGUAGCAUAACAUCUGCAGAUAACAAUGAUGGACAGAGUGUCCUUCCAAGUUCCAAAGGUGAUGCGAUAAAUGACUCCGAGAUCUCGUGCAAAUCUGCAUCUGUGGCUGAAAACUCCAGUGAAUUUUGUGCUUCGGAAGCUGGGGACAGCAGUCUGAAAUCUGAUGUGCCUAAUUGUGGUUCACCAACUAUCAUUAGUUGCAGUGAACCCUCUCGAACUGAUAAUGAAAAAGGGGAGGGACAAAAGGUGUCGAUAGCUCAGAAGGCCUCUGAAGGUCUAGAUAAGGAGGCUGGAGGAGGUUCUAGUUCUCAUGAUCCUGAAGGGAAUGAUGUUGAGGAUGAUCGAAGCUUCACGUUUAAGAUUAGCUGUCAGCCGGAUCUUUCUGACAGAGGAACUGAUGAGCGAUGGAAACCAUUUGGCAAUGUUCAGCCUUCUGACUUUGUUCAGGCCAAAGAGGUUUCUACUCCAACAACGUCUGGCUCAUCUAAAAUGGAUGCCAAGACAAUACAUGAAAAUUCUCGUUCAAGUCCUCAAGCAUCUGAUCGGGAGAAUGUUCGAAGCAGUUCCAAGGGUACCUCUGAGCAUAAAACAAGGAGAAGUUCUAGCAAGGUAACUGAUGGAACUGCCAAAGGAGGAAGAUCUCCAAAAGAGGUACACCCAAUAAAACAGAUGAAAGAUAAAGGAGGCAGUUCUUGUAAUAUGCCUAGCUCAGUUGGGGUAAUAAGCCAGGCUUUGCAAGUUGAAGAGAUGCGCUCCUAUUCUUAUGUUGAAGGCAGCGCUAGGAAAGCAUGUAGUGUUGCAAAUGUUCAGGCAUCUUCUCUACCAGAUUUGAAUAGUUUGGCUUCUCCAUCUGCAAUGUUUCAACAGCCUUUUACAGAUUUACAACAAUUGCAAUUGCGUGCUCAGAUCCUUGUUUAUGGAUCUCUAAUCCAAGGAAUGGCACCUGACGAGGCAUGGAUGAUUUCGGCCUUUGGAGAAUCUGAUGGUGGAAGGAGCAGAUGGGAAAAUGCUUGGCAUGCUGCUGUCGAAAGGCUUCAUAUUCAGAAGUCCCCAGUCAGUUACCCCGAGACUCCUGUGCACUCACAUUCAGGUACUAGGGUGCAUGAACAAGCAGCAAGGCAAAGUUCUCUGAAAAUUAAACCUAUUGGAACACCUGCUGGCCGAGCUGGCAGCAAGGGUACUCCUUCAGCAGUCAUAAAUCCUGUGAUUCCCCUGUCAUCUCCACUAUGGAGUCUUACUACUACUUCCCAUGAUGCUUUGCAGUCUGGCAGCAUACCAGGGGUGCCACUUUUUGAUGCUCAUCAGACACUUUCUCCAUUGCAUUCUUAUCAGUCUCCCCAUGUAAGGCACUGUAUUGGAAAUACGGCUCCUUGGUUCACUCAGGCCCCUUGCCCUGGACCUUGGGUUGUUUCUCCUCAGACUUCUGCAAUUGAUGCCAGUGCUCAAUUCCCUGCCUUGCCCAUUACAGAAAUGGGGCAUGUAACCUCUAUUCAUGAGUCGUCUGUUCCACACCCUUCUAUUGUGCAGCAUUCACCUUGUAGUACCUUGGUUCAUUCUGGGGUCGCUACAAGUGUUCCUGGGGGGACUGUGCUGCCUGAGGCAAAAAGGACAAUGUCACCUGGUAAGCAAGCUUCUGCUGAUCCAAAGCCCAGAAAAAGGAAAAAGAGUCCGGUUUCUGAGGAGCCUGGCCACAUGUCUUUAGCUCCUCAGUCUCAGACGGAAACAAUUUCUUCUGUAGUGGUUACUAAUCCUCCGCCUAAAUCCUUUGCCAUCACUACCCCAUCUGGCUCUCUAUCUAAAACUGCUGCUGGUAAUUCUGUAUCAACUGGUUCACCAACCCCUUCUACAAAUUAUCAGGUAAUAGGGCCCCAGGACAUGGAACCGAGAAUUUUCUUGGAUGCAUCUUGCAGUAGAGUUGAACAGGCUAAGCAGCAGGCAGAAGAUUCUUCUGCUCUUGCUGCCACUGCAGUCAGACACAGUCAAGCCAUUUGGAGUCAAUUGGCCAUUCAGAGUAACUCUGGGUUGGUUUCUGAUGUUGAAGCUAAACUAGCAUCUGCAGCGGCAGCAGCAACAGCAGCGGCUUCUGUUGCAAGGGCAGCUGCUGCUGCUGCUAAGGUUGCUUCUGAAGCUGCGUUGCAAGCUAAACUGAUGGCUGAUGAGGCUUUUGUUUUGAGUAGAAAUGGGAAUCCUAGUCGAGAUGGUGGAAAGGAUUUGGGAAUGGUCAGUCCUGCUUUGAUCUUGGAGGGGAAGGACAGAAACAAUGGCUCCAGUUCUCUUAUUGUUGCUGCAAAAGAGGCAUCUAGGAGGCGGGUUGAAGCUGCAGCAGCAGCUGCAAAACGAGCUGAGAAUUUGGAUGCUGUGGUAAAAGCAGCUGAACUGGCAGCUAAAGCAGUGUCGCAGGCAGGAGCAAUUGUUACAAUGGGUGAUCCUAUACCUUUGACAGUGGGUGAGUUAGUAGAGGCUGGUCAAGAUGGUUUCUGGAAAAUGCAUGCCCCUUCAGAACAGCAGCUUGUUAAGUUGAGCAAUAGGAAUCAAGGAGGAAAUUUUAAUCUUGAUGGUGUUGAAGGUCUUGAUAGAUCUGCUAUCCAUUUCAAUGAGGAAUUAUCAAACGAACAUGAAAUAUAUAGAACUGCAGGCCAAGGGAAGCCAGAUUCUCCAAAAAAUAUGGCCAAGCAUUCAUUGAAGAGCCACGUGGGUCUGGUAGAUGGAACACACUGGGAUUCACUUACGAGUAAUGAAAGGAGUUUUGGAGGAAAAAAAGGUAGUAAAACAUCUGGCGUAGCUAAAACUAUUGGUGUUCCUGAAUCUGAGGUUGGAGCACAAACUGAUACUGUUACCAUCCAAGACGAGGAGCAGGGAGGGCAUCAGCCAGUGGGGAUUUUAAAUGACAAUAGCAUUAAGGAGGGUUCCCUUGUAGAGGUUCUUUCUGUUGAGAAUGGUUUGAAAAGGGUCUGGUUUUCUGCCAAGGUAUUGAGCUUGAAGGAUGGGAAAGCUUAUGUUUGUUACUCUGAACUACUGUCUAAUGAAGAUUCAGGCCAGCUGAAAGAAUGGGUGCCUCUUGAAGGUGAAAUAGAUAAAGCACCAAGAAUACGUAUUGCCCGUCCUAUGUCCACAACAAAAUUAGAAGGCACAAAAAAACGCUGUAGGGGAGCAUUGGUGGACCAUAUUUGGUCUGUUGGAGAUAGGGUAGAAGCAUGGACUCUUGAUGGGUGGUGGGAAGGAAUUAUCAUGGAAAAGAGGAAGGAAGAUGAAACGACAUUCACUGUUCAAUUUUCAGCUCAAGGAGAUACAUCAAUUGUUAGGGCAUGGCAUCUGAGGCCUCAUCUUGUUUGGAAGGAUGGGCAAUGGGUGAAAUGGUCUCGUUCAACAGAUAAUAGUUCCCAUCCUCAUGAGAGUGAUACACCACAGGAAAAACGACCUAAACUGGGCAGACACAGUUCUGAUACUGAUUGUGUAGUCGAAGCCACAGGCAAAGCUACAUUGUCAAAAUGUACAGGCACUGGAGAAACGGUAAACCAUGGGGAUUCAGCACUACUGGUACUUUCAGAGAAGGAAAAAGUAUUCACUGUUGGGAAAAACACCAAAGAGGGAAACAGUUCUGUUGCAUUCGGGACAAAGAGGACUGGUCUGCAGAGGGAAGGAUCAAAAGUGAUUUUUGGUGUACCUAAGCCUGGGAAGAAAAGAAAAUUUAUGGAAGUGAGCAAACACUAUGUUGCAGGUACAGGUGGUCAAUCAAGUGAAGGAAAUGAUUCAAUUAAAAUUGCGAAGUACUUGAUACCUCAAGGAUCAGGUCGUGGAUGGAAAAAUACUUCUAAAGUUGAUCCCAGGGGGAAACGAGUUGCUGAAGCUAAACCCAAGAUGCUUAAGUCAGGGAGACUGAAUAAGAAUUUAUCUGGAAAGGAUAGUUUUUCAACAUCUGUGGUUUCUGCUUCAAAUGAUGGCGUUGUGCCAAUGAAUGCUAAAACAACUAAUGGCCAGGAUGAGAACAUCUCAGAAAAGCGGAGCUUGCUAGAGUUUAGUUCUUCCAAUGGCACUCAAAAAAUAACUGAAGGCACAACUUUAUUUUCCUCACUAGCUCAUACAUCUGAUGCUCCUGUCUCCAAGAAAAAGUCCUCUUCAGCUGUGGAACAUACUCAAGGGGGCGGUGAAGGACAAAAUGCAACUUCUGGUGAAAAGGUGGCUAAAAAGGAAGAAAAGGAUGCUACCCACAAUAGUAAUUAUGGGAAAUUAAUACCUGAUGCUGUUGAGCCCCGGAGAUCCAAUCGCCGAAUUCAGCCAACAUCAAGGCUAUUAGAAGGGCUACAGAGCUCCCUGGUUAUCUCAAAGAUACCUGCUGUUUCACAUGACAAAAGUACCAAAUCCCAUCACAGGAGUGUGGUAUCAUCAAAGGGUAUAUGGCAUUGACAUCAAAUGAGAAUGGGUGAAGCUGGCCGGCCUUCGCCCUAUUUUAUGAUCUAUUGGUAAAUUAUCUAACUCGACAAGGAUGGUGCAAAGAAUGGUGCCUACUCAAACUCUGUUGGAUGGUCAUAUCCACCUAAUGUAUUGGACAUCUUUUUUCUCUUGAGCCUGAACACUCUGAUCUUUUAUCUUGUAGGUUAACAACUGGUAGAUGAAUGUACUUAGUUUUCUAUUUUUUGUCCUGA